UCUUCACUCAACUAGCCUUGACCCAGUCUGUCGCAGUUCCGUCCUGUCGCAUUGCGGAUACAAUCAGGAAUCGACCCCGAAUCUUGCUCGCAGCCUGCCAGACUGUAAUCGCAAGAAAUCUCCUUCAACCCUAAGUGUAUCGCAUUCCGGCCUCGACUGCGAGUUGAAACACUGCGCACGAGCACUUGCGCCUCCGCAUGCAGGCAUCACCUCGGACGGCGUAACAGAGUCCAGAUUGGAGCUCUGCGGGCGCUCGCCAAUCCUCCACCACCACCGUGCCAUGUCGACCUCACCUCAUCAACUGCUGCUGCUAGCCGACCAUCUCAAGCUCUCGCUCCUCGAACGGCAACGAGCCAUAAGCCUCAACCUCGAGCCGAGCAAACAAGAUGGCCAGAUCCAGCGAUCCCUGUCGCAGCUACAAGAUGGCUUGGAAGAAUUAGAAGCCCAACGGCGAGAUCUAGGAGAAGCAGAAGAAGACGAUUCGGAAUUGGCGCGACUACGGAAACAAUACAACCAACUAUACGCACAAUUCCACGGCUCAGCGCCUCCCACGUCCGAGAUCGCAACCCCCAACAAUCCAGCCCUAGCAUCCGACUUCGCAGCAGCACGAUCCAAACCGAGCAAUAAAUCCAGGAACGUCCGCUUCCGAGACAACCCAGACGAAGACGAUGCUGAAGCGCAAGCCAACCGCGCAGCCCUAUUCGCCGAUCAAGAAAGAUACAGAGACGAGCCAGAAGCUCCGAAUCAGGAUAAUCUAGACAAUCAACAAAUACACUCAUACCACAAUCAAGUCCUGCGAGAACAGGACGAUCAAUUAGAUGUUUUGGGGCAAAGUAUAGGGAGACAACGUAUGCUCGGGAUACAAAUGGGGAAUGAGCUCGAUGAGCAAGUGGAAUUGCUUGAUGAUGUUGAGAGGGGAGUUGACCGGCAUAGUAAUCAGUUGCACGGGGCGCAGAAGAGGUUGACGACGUUUUCGAGAAAGGCGAGGGAUAAUUGGAAUUGGAUCACGAUUACUAUUUUGAUCAUAAUAUUGGUGUUGGUGAUAGUGGUGUUGAAGUGAGUGGGGUAAAGAAGAGUAUGAUCUUGCAUGCUGAGAAGCAUUGGCAUUUGCAGCAGUACCUGCAAUUGUUUCGGGGAGAAUGAAUAGUCCUAGAUGUGUCGAUACUAUACCUGACGAGAUCACGACUUCAGAUGACCAUAAUAUUUUCCAAGGUGCUGUGACUUCAGCUUUCCAUAUUGAAUUGUCUUGUAGCUGAAUAU